AUGUUGUCUCUCUCCAACCUUCUGCUCUUUGCGCUGGGCGCGAGCUCAACGGCCAUCGUCCUCCCACCAUACUCCUCCAGCGCGACACAAAUCGGCAACGACAUCGACAGCAUCAACGACAGCAUAACACAGCUCACCGAUAAUAUCCGAAACUUCCACGGGCCGACCGUCAUCUCAGACAUGCGACACCUUAGCGACAGUCUCUCCGCAGCGACCCAGAGCAUCAAGACUGAAGAUGCUGUAGAUGACGAGUCUGCCGCCUUCCUUGUCGCCAGUGUCCGGGACGAAGUCCAGCCCAACGCAGAAGAUAUGCUCGAUGCGCUUAUCAAAGCUGAAGCGCAGGCCAAGAAAGGGAAGAUUCGGCAGCAGAUUCUUGGAUGGUUGCAGAAUCUGAGGAACAUGAUGCAAAAUUUCGGAACUGGGCUCGCGCCGAAGGUGCCUCUAGAUCAGAGAAGUGAGCUGCGUAAGGCCAUGACUGCAAUGUUGAAGGAUUUCGAUACGGCGAUUAAGGCGUAUGGAGGGGCUGUAGGUGUACCGCCGCCGAAUUGA